UUUGAACAGAGGGACAUUUGAAAUCAAACAGGCUGCGUUUAAACGAAGUGAUAUCUUUCAGGAAUAACUGCAUUCAUUGUUUUGUGGAUUUAGCUUUUGUGUUAUUUUUUCGUUCCAGAUAACACAAAAACUACGAAGGGGGCGAUUGUAUUUUGUUAGUAAAGCGUAUCAUAGUUAAGCGUUCACUGGCGUGUUACUUAUUUAUGUAGCUCAAACAAGCUUCCGUUAGCUGGUCGAUGUAGCUGCUAAGAAGCCUGGGUAGGCUUACCUGCUUUAGAGCUAUUUUUAUUCUAGGUAAAUCAGUCUGUUGCGGUUGCUUUCGGAGAUUGUGCAAUAAUACAUUUAGAAAAUGGCCUCUUCAGCCUCGCUCAAAGCGGUUAAGGGCAUGGAACCACAAAGGCCAGAAAUAAUGUCAAACAGGCCGAUGCGGGUUCCCAUGUCUCAUCAGUCGCAGGUCGUUCAGAAGUCGGUAGUCACGCCGACUCAACACCAGCGGGUUCUGGGCACGUCGAAUGGUCCGCAGCGUGUCCAGCGGCCCGUUAGCCAACAGAAACCAGUAUCUCAUGUCUCCGUAGCUGCCAAGCACACUCCGCUUGGUGACCAGAAUGUAAACCCAGCUUCUGUGAAAAUAACACAGCCAAAACCUGUUUCCCAGCAUAACCAGCCGAAGACACAUGUGCCCGGUGGCAACUCAGAUUUGGCUAAUCCUCCGUCGGAAUUGGCAAAACAGGAGAAGCUGCAGAAUAAACCUUCCAAGAACAACCAGGCCUCAUCAUCAAAGAAGCCAUGGAGCCUGGAAAACUUUGACAUUGGCCGUCCCUUGGGAAAGGGUAAGUUUGGCAAUGUCUACCUGGCAAGAGAGCGCCAAACCAAAUUCAUCUUGGCCCUGAAGGUGCUUUUCAAGAAGCAGCUGGAGAAGGCGGGGGUGGAGCACCAGCUGAGGAGAGAAGUGGAGAUCCAGUCUCAUCUAAGACAUCCUAAUAUUCUGCGCCUCUACGGCUAUUUCCACGAUGCUUCUCGAGUGUAUCUCAUUCUCGAGUUUGCACCCAGAGGAGAGCUGUUUGGCGAGCUGCAGCGUUGUGGGAGUUUUCCUGAGGACAGAACAGCAACAUACAUAAUGGAGCUGGCAGAUGCGCUCCAUUACUGUCAUACCAAGAAUGUGAUCCACAGAGACAUCAAACCGGAGAACCUAUUACUGGGAGGUAACGGGGAGCUGAAGAUUGCUGAUUUUGGUUGGUCUGUUCACACCCCAUCUUCCAGGAGGUCCACUCUGUGUGGCACACUUGACUACCUUCCUCCAGAGAUGAUUGAGGGCAAAACUCAUGAUGAGAAGGUGGACCUGUGGAGUCUAGGUGUCCUCUGCUAUGAGUUUCUUGUUGGAAAACCUCCAUUUGAAGCAAAAACUCAUGAUGAAACUUACCGCAGGAUUUCAAGGGUGGAGUACAGUUAUCCUCCAAUAGCUGCCAUUAGUGCUGGAGCGAAAGACUUGGUGGCCAAGCUGCUGAAGCACAACCCCAUGCACAGACUGCCCAUUCAGGGAGUCCUAUCCCACCCCUGGGUGCUCCAAUACUCAACCAAGAAGCCCACAACCCUGAACCCCGAAGAGUCCAGUCAAUGACUGCACUACCAACACCUGGCUGUGUCCACACAGAGUACUGCAGAGCAUCAACAUGCAGCUGAUUUUUCAGAAUCUGCUUGUACUGCUUUGACUUUAAAACGAUUUUCACAUUGAGGACAUUUUUCCCCUCACUUUUCUGUCUGCAGAUACUUGAGCCACUUUAUGCAUUACCCUUUGUCUUCUCAUCCUAAUUUCUUCUUAUCAAUGGCAUUCUUCUGCCUGUAAAUAUUUAAGUUUUUCAAUAAUUAUGACAAUUUUUAUUAAGCUUACUUGAAAUGGAGAAAUAAAUAUUUGUCAUCAGAUGUCACUUUGGAAGUAACCACAGUGUGUUGGUCAGUGAAACGUUUCUCGAUUGCAGGCCUUUUUGUUUCCAAGACUUGCAAAGAGGGAUUUUGCACUGAGAUGUUAAAGUUCAUGUACUUUUUUUGUAUCCAGAUGUUCCCACCAGAGGGUGCUGGACAACCACUGAAACUGGGAGAGUUGAGGUUUUAGUGCUUUAAAGUUUGUCUUUGUUCUAUUUUAAUAAAAUUCUACUCUGUAAAUAAAUGAUUGUUUAGGUGA